CACGUGAUGAAGCUUCCCUGUUGUCAAGAUACGCUUGAAUGUUCAUUAGGUGAAAAGAUGUAUAUAAAGGUAAAUUAAUUGAUCUAUUAUAACCGAGAAUUGUUUGAUUGCUGUUCCCACAAACAACUCUUACACUUGGAGAUUGAAUUAACGGAACAUUUUGGCUGAAUAUUUUGACGGGCACCUGUUGUAAAUGGAGGAUAGUGAAUUGUAAUCAAUUUAUUUGACAAAAUGGGAACAAUGAUACUGCAAUCCCAGAUUGGGGCCCUGGAGAAUGGACUGAAAGAUUUACGUAAAUCUAGGCUGAUGCAAAUACGAGAAUUUAAAGACAUGUAUGGUGCUAUAGAAUGUCAUCACAGAGACUUAAGACUGGCUCAUCUCACUGGUAAAGCCAAAGAUCUCAUGGUACAGGCCGAGCAAGACACAAGAUUUUUUCAUAUUUUGAUCAAAAUGAUGUGUGAAGUCAAACAGACUUCUUCAAUGAAACAAAAAGACUCCUUGAUUAAAGUUCAUCAUUGGUACACUUCCAACAAACAUAUUCUCCAUACAGCCCCGCGAUUUGGGAAACAAAGAAAAGAUUCCGCAUCCAGUAAGACUGCUGCACCACGGGCAAAAACAGCCUCUGCUAAACGAACAAAAAGUACCAAGACACACGCCCCUACCAAACAACAGGAAGUGGAGACAACUACAGUCAGACUAGCAUCAGCUGAUGGAUCUAAAAAUAGAAUCUUCUGUGAGACUCCAUCUAUAAGAACAGAAUCUCCCUACAAAACAGGAACCUUUGACCUUGACCUUCUGCCAUCUAAUCAAGAUUAUGUAAAUGAUUAUUUGUCAACAAAUUACCUUCCUGAUGGAGAUAAUAAUAAGAUGUCAUCGCUACAACAUUUCCUGAAUGACCUACCUGGUCCCAGUGACACAGGUUCUCACCUUGCUGGACAACACUUUCAGAUACACAAAUCUCCUGGUUCUCUUGGUGAUAGUGGAGACACGCCCCCUGGAUCCCCACGAGAAGAUAUAGAUGGUUCAGCCGUCAGUCCUAACUACAUUGACAGUUUAAUUAACUACAGUCAUAAGAAUGAGGAUGACAAUGAGGGGCCAGAGUUUGAAGUAGAAGUUACUAUUGGACCUGACGAUUCAGACAUGCAUGAGUCACGGAGAAAACUGUCACGGGGUAGGACACCAUCGGCAAGUUUCAGGAGAGAUCAAGUUUUAUCAGAUCAGUCAUCAAACAUAUCUAUAGCGUUGCCUAAGAAGAUGAUUCACCCUAUAGCUAGCUUGGUGAACCCCCAUGCCACCCUAGCAGCAGCAGAGGCUAAGAGGGCUGAGGAGGAGUAUCUGAAUUCUAGACAGGAUGUGUACACACCAUUGAGGCCAAGCAGACACACAAGUGCACAGAUGAGAAGUCACAUGACCACACCAGUUGGUGGACGACCUCUGUCAAAUACUAGGGCAGAGAAUCUCAAUCAGUGGAAAAACUUCAAUCAGGAUUUCUCCUACGGUCAAGAUAUAUUAGGAAAGCUGAACUUUGUUGGUCGCAGUGGAACAGCGUUAGAUGUUCGUUACUCAUCACAUGGACAUGGCGAGUCCCCAGAGAAUACUACUCCAUAUGUACUGGCUUAUCUGGCCAACCAAUCACUUGUGAUGCAGUCAGCCCCAAUCCAAGUGGACAAAGAAAAUCGCCUUUUAAAUCGGCCACUGGAAGAGUUUUAUGAAAUGGCGGAGGAUUAUUGUCCAUCUAAACUUCCUAAGUACCAUCAUCCUGUGGUCAGUAAACCACCGACUCAACCGAAGUCAGCUCCACCAAAGUCUUCACGGUCAGAUGGCACCAAUAAAUCAGCCAGAACUCAUCAACUCGGUAGAAAUCUACUGGAAAAGGAUGAUAAGAAGUCAGAAGUCAAGGACAAUGAUAACAGAAGUAGAUCAGAGGUCAAAUUAGAUGUGGUUGUCAACAUGAUAGGGUCUGUUUCUGAAGAUAUGGUCCAUUUUAAGGAAAAGCUUGCACCUCAGCCUGUUGCAGGAUUCAGACAGCCAGCUAGUACAGGAGUGUCUAUGAAACCUUUGUCCAGACCAGCAACAGCUUCAGGCAUCAGAAGUCCAAGUCCUAUGAUGAGGACUAAUUCUCCAGUUGGUAACCAUGACAACCUUGCACGUUCUCAGUCCAGUCCAUACCUGUCAGAGGAUAUAUUAAUUAAUGAGGACACAUCAAGAUCUGCUCGUUCAUUACCGUCUAAUCGUAUGGUACAGGCCAUUGAUUGGAGGGGGAAGAUAGCUCCUGAUUCUGUCAGAUACAAUGAAAGUCAAAAUGAAAGAGGGCAGAAAACUCAGUUUGGUGGACAUACAUAUGUGAAGAAAAUGCCCAAGGGUAAGAGACCAGUAGGAGCUACCCAUGCUGGUAACCGUCCUAAAACUGCUCCUGUCACAGCCAGGGAGAAAUGGAAAACUGAUAAGCCAAGUGAUCACAACACCCGAGUUGAAGGUCAAGCUGCUACCAAUACCAUGACACAGGUCGACCAGAAUGUUGUUGAUUCUAUGAUGGUAGUUAACCAUAUUCUCGGCUCUAGUGAUUCAAGUUUACAGAGGUACUUUAAGGGGUCUGGAUCGUUUAAUUCGCUGUACUUAGAUGAGAAUUUCCUAAAGACUUUUAAUUCAAGAGUUAUGUCUGCCAGUGGCACAACAAAUACAAACACACCUGUACCUAUGGAAUAUGUUCCUAUUGUAGCUAAUGCUCCAAGGUCACUGCCAGGAUUGCUAGGUUAUGAGAAGUUAUGGGAAAGUCGUACACAAAGUCGUUUGACGAGGAAAUCAGAGAGAUCUGACAGUCGCAUUCAAGAGCUACUCCCAGAGGAUGAACUAGAUGAUUAUGUGACUGAGAAACAAGAGGCCGAAGAAGUUUAUUCCCAGACAGGCAUAGUAACAACUACUCCCGUAGAACAGGACAAACCAACAGAUGAGGAAGUAGAAUUACAAGAACAGGAUGCAGAAUUAUUGGAGACAGUAGAGAAGCAAUCAGAAUCUGUAGAUAACUUAACAGAUACUGUUGACAAGGCAACAGAAUCUGACGAGGAGGAAGUAGAAACUGCAGAGAAGGGAACAGUAACUGAAGAAGAGAAUGUAACCCACCAAUCACCUCACAUUAUACAUCCCAUACAUUUCUCACAAGAUUUACAUAAUGGCGAUGUUCAUUUAGAAGUUUUGGCUAUUCCAUCUGGGGGUAGGUUACCUUCAGCUCAUCCAGAAAAACAUGGAACAAUCCAAGAAUUGUCAGCAUCAGAAAGUUGGAAUUUUUGCCCUGAUGGAGAAAUAGUGGAUGUAAAAGAGAAAAAGAAAGCCUAUUCUAGAUUAUCCCAUCGUGACGGACAUUGGUUUAAAGAAAUUGUAAAACCAGAGAAUUAUUGUUUUGAGUGUAUACCUGAUAGUAUGUCAACUAAAGUGGGUCGCCAAGCUGGCAGGAUGCCAAACGGAACACAAAGUGCUUCUUCACAGGUGCUACGUAUGUCGAGGAAACAGACAGAAUAUUUUAAACAUGCCCCGCCCCUCAGGACUCCUCCCUCUAUUCCCAGUGCUUCACAUCGACAGUCACAGUUUAUAGACCAAUCGCCCCGGUACGGACAGACAUAUAGCUCAGAAUUAGAACACCAUGCAAGGUCCACCAGAAGUCCAAGGCAUUAUAUGGAACAAGUGGUUGAUUUAAGGACGAAUGGUGUAAGAUCAGCCCCUCCUGGCAGUCAUUCCGGAUUAGAUGGUCCAUUAUCAUCAUCAUUACAUGUAUCAAGAUUGUCCUCCAGACAGAAUACAAUGAUUGAAACCUCCAGAAGUGGUAUAGAACAUGAGAAAACAAUAUAUCCCAACAAUGCUCACAUAGAAAUAGCAGCAGACGGCACCAGACAUGUUGUCUUUAAUGAUGAGAGAUUAGAAUCUGUGGCGGAGUCUGGAGUGGUCAAUGGUCACGGUGAGGAAGCUCAGGACAGGUUUAAAUCAGCAACAACGCAGAAGUCACGAAGAUCUAACCAAUCUAUAUCUCGUGUGGGCAGACCUAUAGCUCAUUAUUAUAACAUUAAAGAUCCUUAUGAAACAGCAGCAGCUUUCAAACUUCAGAAAGAGGCUGAAGCAGCUGUGGACAUUCAGAGAAUAUUCCGAGGAUUUGUAGCCAGAAAUAUGUACAAAAAGUUAAUAAAGGAAGAAAGAGAGAUAUUGGAAGACCAGAGAAAGGCCGCUAUAGAAAUACAGAGAGUAUACAGAGGACAUUUGAUACGCAAAACUAAAAUACUGAACCGUCCACCCGUAUCAAACGAAUCAUUAGAAUGGGCAAGGGAGCUCAAAAUAGUACAAGCGGAGAAAGCUCAAAAACGACAAAACAAAAUGGAGGCACUAUCCAAUUUAAACACCCUGAAUCAUCAAUCAAGUUCCUCCAAACUGUCAACCAUUGGACCUCAUGUAGAGAUCUACCAAAUAUACCACCCUAAACUAACAGGACCAACAAAGAAGGAACUUUAUGAUGCUGCUACUUCAAUUCAGAAAAAUGUCCGACGGUUCUUAGUGAGAUGUCGAUUUGACAGACUCUAUAGAAAGGCUGUUUGGUAUGGAUCAACAUGGCCAAAAAUGGUCAAAGACUACAAGAAUUCCUUGAAGAGAUGUCAACAUAGACAUGGAGUGGAUAGAGCUAAAACACCCUUUACCAUAGAAUAUAUGAAUGAUUAUAUGGAGUCUAGGAGAAGAUUUGAGAGUGUAUUUGACAAGAAGGCCUUUGCUGGAGAAAUGGAGUUCAGUGAAUUAGACCAGUUUUUCAGAGAGAGUGAUUUGUACCCAUCACAGUCAGAGAUUGAGGAAGCUGUGGAUGUCGUGUUUCAAGGACAAGCCUCAUCCAAGAAAGGUUUACGUAAAAGUGAUUUAUUAGAACUCGUGUGGUACAUCUAUGUACCCAAAGCAGCAGGUUUACCCAACAUGCGACAGUCAACCUGGUUAAAUCCGAUCAUAGAUGGGGUGGAGGCUCGUAAACUGAUAGCGGGCAAACCUAGUAAAAAGGGAGCCUUCACAAGAAGUGAAUAUGUAGAGAAAGCUCCAUUAGAAGUUUGUGCAAAACUAGUUAUUGACUCAAAACGAGAGAGACGAGAAAAAGAAAAGUUAGAAAACCUUAAACGUCAGGACGAAGAUGCUGCCAAACUUAAGAGAGAUCUUAGUGCGUUCACAUACGAGGAGGAGGAUGAAAAUGAGGGAAUAAAAGGAGAACUGGCUAGAACUAGAGAGAGAUUAUCCUCUACUAAGUCCAGGGAUGAUAGUCAGAAUUAAAGGAGAAAUAUCUAGAACUAGAGAGAGAUACUAUCCUCAAUUAAGUCUAGGGAUGAUAGUCAGAUUUAGUAUCAGAUUAGCAUCAGAAUAUAUUUAAGUUUGUUAGAAUCAUGAAGACCCAUGACUUGUGUGCCUUCAGGAAUAUCAGAAUCAAAGAUAUACAUGACAUGCAUGCCUUCAGUAACAUGUGCACACAUUUUUAACUGCCAGUUUUGUCAGAACCUAAAGUUCACAUGACAUGCAAGCCUCAAGCCUUUUGGAUUGUCAGAAUCAUGAACACACAUAAUUGCAUGCCUUUAAGAGUGUAAAACUCAUAUCUGCUUUCAGGACAAUUUGGACAUUUGUAAUUCUAACAAUUGUUUCCUAAAGCAUAUGCAAGACUUAGACAUGUAAAUUUCUUACAAAUUUAUGUAAUUUUUUUAACAAUGUGGAUUUCCUGGUCCAUUUUAUUAUUUGUUUUAAUUAAAAUGCAGGUUGGUGAGGAGAAAUAAUCUUUUGACUGUAAUCAGAAAGUUAGAAAUAAAGCAGAGCUAAAAGUACUGGACAGGAUAUAAGAAGGAUUUAAAUUGAAAGGUACCUUGAUUUGAGGUGUGCAUACUUCAUUGUUAAAUAUCAUAACUAUUUAUAGAAUUUAUAAUAUGAUUAUUUGUUUUAGUAAGCUUGAUUUUCCAAAGUUUACAUGUUUAGAUUGUUCAUUUAUUUAUGAGUCUAGUUAGACUAAAUCUCAUAAGUUAUAUGAGUCUAGUUAGACUAAAUCUCAUAAGUAAUUUGAGUCUAGUUAGACUAAAUCUCAUAAGUUAUAUGAGUCUAGUUAGACUAAAUCUCAUUUAUUUAUGAGUCUAGUUAGACUAAAUCUCAUAAGUUAUAUGAGUCUAGUUAGACUAAAUCUCAUAAGUAAUAUGAGUCUAGUUAGACUAAAUCUCAUAAGUUAUUUGAGUCUAGUAAGACUAAAUCUCAUUUAUUUAUGAGUCUAGUUAGACUAAAUCUCAUUUAUUUAUGAGUCUGGUUAGACUAAAUCUCAUUUAUUUAUGAGUCUAGUUAGACUAAAUCUCAUUUAUUUAUGAGUCUAGUUAGACUAAAUCUCAUUUAUUUAUGAGUCUGGUUAGACUAAAUCUCAUUUAUUUAUGAGUCUAGUUAGACUAAAUCUCAUAAGUUACCUAUCUGUUUUCUCACGAAUAAGAGUAAGGAAUACAUUUUAUAAACAAAACACAGUAAGGUUAAGGAGCUUAAGGCAGUAGUACCCACAAAAAGUCCAAAAGUAUCAGAAAAUUAUAAGAAAAUGUGCAUAACAGUUGGUUAACAAUACAUGUACUACUUUUUGGUUUAUACCAUGACAAUAAUUAUUGAAUGUUCCCUGUAAAAUUGAAUGACUUGUUUAAAGUGUAUAUUACAUUGAAAAAAAGCUUGUCAUAUGUGCAAUAGCAGGGAUAAAUGUAAAUUUAUCCAUUUUAUAGAUAAAUAGUAUCACCGUAUCCCUUUUAUCCUGUAUCAAUUUGGCUUGACCUACCUUCCCCUUUUUCAUUAUUUUUUUCCUUUUCUAUUUUGUUAAGAUAUAUAUACUAUUUUAUUUGUCUCAUUAUACAUUAUUGUUGAUCAUCUGUGAUAUAAAGGGAGAUAAUAUUUUUCCAUGUUUAUAUUUUAGAUAAUUUUAUUUGUGAUAUUUCAAGGUGUUUUGUAAAAUAAUCUGCAAUUGUUACUGCUGUUAUAUUGUUAUGACUUUGUUAAAGACCAUGUAGAUUUUAUAAGUGUUAUGUUGACAAAGUUAAUAUAUUAGGUACAUUUAUAGUUGUAAGACUUUACUGCUGAAGAGAGCUGUUAAUGAGGGUAGGGAUGGCAUUGUAUAUCCCUUUCAUUAUCAGUGUUAGCAUCAAAUAAGCAUAAAAAAUGUUUCUUUAUUUAAAACAUUUACCAGUAACAUUUAUUUCAUCCAAAUGUUAACUAGAUUGUUGUGUUGGGGUACCCCAUUCCAACCCUCAUUAAUUUCUUAUAUUUUUAUUAAAUUUAUUCUAUUUUAUAAUGUUUAUAGAUCACAAUUUACAUUAUUUUAAGGAAAAGUAUUUCUUUUCUUUUUUUUAUUAAUUUUUUAAGCACUAAUUGAAUAUUUGACAUUCUUGAUAGGUCACAAGGUAUCUAUUUUUAGAGACAAUAUUGUUGACAGUAUUCCCAUUUGUAAAUAUUUAUUUAUUUUGUUUUCCUGCUGAUAAUAAAGCCAAGCUGUGAUGUCGAUCAUUA